GGCCAACAUAGGCCCAUAAUAAAAAAAAAUUCUCUAUCUUCUUCCGCCGAGCGGAGAACAACUCCACCGUCAUAGAAGGAAAAGACGAUGAACACUUCCACCAGACUCCUCUCUCUCUUCUCUCCUCAUCCUCCACCUCUCUUCCUCUUCCGUCGCUUAUCCAAUCUCCGUCGUCUCCACCGCCUAACGUCUUUUCCUCUUCCCCCCGUUUCCUCUCCUAAUCGCCGUUCUUUCAUCCUAACGCCGUUUAUCCACACGACACGGUUCCACACUCACCGUCUCCGCUUCUCCGCCUCCUCCGAUUCUGUUCCUUCUUAUUAUCACCAACGGAUACCUGAAUGGGGAGAGCUACUCCAAUCUCUCUCCGAAGCUGGCUACAUCACAGAUUCUGCGAUAAAUUCGAAUUUCGAAAACGAGUUCGUUCCUGGUUUUCCAGAUGUAUUCAUCUCUCCAGCUAUGGCUUGCUUAGGUUUAGCACGUGAUCGACCUGAGUUACUUGAGAUGGUUUCGAGGAGAGAUGUUGAAGUGGUGGUUGAGAAUGUGAAGCCGUUUGUUUUUAGGAAAGGUCAAGAUUCACUCAAAAGGAUGAGUGUUUACUUAAGAAGUGGUCGUCAUGAUAAUAUAGUGGAUGUGGAUAAGGCGAGUAUGGUGGAUUUGAUGAGGCUUCUUUUGAGUUGUGUUGUGGAUUUUGCGUCUUCUGAGGGAAGGAAAUAUCAUGAGCAAGAGAUUGUGGAGGCGUCGGUUCGAAGGCUUGUGGGAGAGAUAGUGAAGAUGAGCUUCCGUACUUCUUCUGAGUCUAAUGUUCAUGGCGCAAUGCAGAAUCAGUUUUCAGGUAGAAAUGGACAACCGCUUGGUUCUUUUCAGAAGAACGUUGAGAUGAAACGAGGUGAUUGGAUUUGCUCAAGGUGCAGUGGGAUGAAUUUUGCGAGAAAUGUCAAAUGUUUCCAGUGUGAUGAAGCAAGACCAAAGAGACAGCUUACUGGUAGUGAAUGGGAGUGUCCCCAAUGCGAUUUCUACAACUAUGGGAGGAACAUAGCUUGCUUAAGAUGUGACUGCAAACGACCCAGGGACUUCUCACUCAAUUCAGCCAACUCUGCGAAGGAUCCUGAACUUGAGAGAAGAAUGGUUGAAAAUGAAGAGAAAGCACAGAGGUGGUUUAGUAAAGUCGCACAAGGUGGUUCUGAUGCAAACAGUGUUGACACAGAUGAAGAUUUUCCAGAGAUUAUGCCUCUGAGGAAAGGAGUGAACAGAUUUGUUGUUAACACGAGAAAGACACCUCUUGAGAGAAGGUUGGCUAAUGCUGAGACAGAUGGAACUAAAACGAAUAAGAGCCUGAAUGAGAUUCUUGGCUCUACAUCCUCUUUGGCUUCUUCCAGGAGGUUUGAAUCUUCUCAGGUAGUUAACUCUGAUUUUGUCCCCUUCGUGCCACUACCGUCUGAUAUGUUUGCCAAGAAGCCUGACAAGGAGGAAACACUGACCACCAACAACCAAAUAGACGGUGUCUCAGACAAGUCAAGUCCAAGUCCUUUUGGUCAAGAAACAGAUGAACCUGAAAGAGAUGAGAAAGAAUCAGAGGAGAAACCUGCGAGGUGGUUAAAGAGGAUCACAGAACUGCACAACGUCUCAGAUCUCGAAAGCGAGAUACAGGAGGAGACUUCUCCUGAGAAAAUGCCAAUGCGAAAAGGUGAGAAUCAGUUUGUUGUCAGCAGGAAGAAAGACCGUUCUUUGACUCCUCCAGCAAACAAGAGACGCAUCUCCAUUGAAACAAAAGACUCAGACUUCGUCCCUUUUGUCCCUUUCCCACCUGACUAUUUCGCCAAACACAAACAACCAGAGGAAACAACAACAACAGCAACAGAUACUAUUCCAGUCCCAGUACAAGAAAAACCAAGAGAACCUUCAAGCAACAAUCAGGAACCAACGGCAGGGAAGUUGAGAAAUGGAAAGAGCUUGGAGGGUUCAUUAGUUAAGGAGCCUGACUAUUUGGACAUGUCAGAGGAAGCUAAAGCGGAGAGAUGGUUUAAGCGAGUGGCUGAGAUUAAGAACAUAUCAGAGCUGAGUCAGAUCCCUGACGAAGAUUUCCCGUCGAUAAUGCCAAUGAGGAAAGGAGUGAAUAGGUUUGUCGUCAGCAAAAGGAAGACUCCAUUGGAACGACGUUUAGCUUCUCAACGUCAGCAGAGAAAUCCUCCUCCGAUCACAGACUCUGAUACAACCCGUAAUGGAGGAGAUUCAUGACCUUGUAGCAUAAUAACAUUUUUACUGGAGUAAUAUACUCAUUUUGUUUUUAGUUUACACUACUACAUAUUUAUUUUUAUUUUGGUCAACAUUAAAUUUUGAUUAGUGUAAGGAAUAAAUAGUUAGUGUUGCAAACAAGGCAAGUAUAACGUGAUGGGUUUAAAAAGUUAGGUCUACCA